GAUAAACUUUGUCAUUGUUCAAACAACGAAGCUGGUGGAAAUUUUAUUAUAUUUCAUUUAUUUUUGUGUUGAUUUCAUUGGUUGUUUAUUUGUGUUUCAAGACUCAGUGAGAAAGAGCGCCAGGAAGUUGAGGGGAUGCUCUGGUACAUCUUUCUUGACAGCGACUCACACUUCAAUUCCAGGAUCAGGCAUAUGAAAAAAUAUGCAACAGACGAUGGACAAACAGCCAUAUCACUGUCCUGCCGAGAAUUCAACAGCACGACUGGCCGGCCCAUCGUAUUGAAACUAGGGGAGGCACCGGUGCUGCCAAGGCAAAUCGAUGAGACGAGCCUUGUCACAAACACACACAACAGAGGUGACGGGCUGACAGCAGAUGAAGAAGACCUGGCGGUCAGUAUGGUAGAACGUCUCGUGGAAGGUCUUCCUGACUACAAGCUGAAUCUCAUCCCUCUAUCUGCAACUAGAGCAAAAACAGGCAGAGUGAGGAAAAGGCUAUCCAACGGCGCUGAGGUAAGAUAAUAUUUCUUAGAAUAGGCUCUAUUU